GUGAAGGAGGGCCUGCAGCACUCGUGGAUGCUAGUGGCCGCAGCAGCCCUGGACAGCCGCAGUGAUCAUUACCCGGACUUGUCGGCUUUGGGCCCCCGGUGUCCAGUUUGCCGUCAGACCUUCCAGCCGCCACCUCACCGACCGCCGGACCCCCGUGAGGAUCCGGCAGCUUGGUUCGCCUUCUUCGACGAGGAGGGCUCGGGGUACCUGGAACGACAGCUCCUGGAGAAGGUGUUGCCAGCAGUGGUCCCAGUGGAUGCAGCAAAGUUAGAGGCUUCCCUUCGCGGCUCUCUGUGGCGUGAAUGGGACCCGGCCGGGGAGGGCCGGAUCUCGCGUAAGGCCUUCUGUGCGGAACGAGGGCUGCUGCACCGCUCUCAGAAGGUGCUAGGUUGGUAUGCGGGAGUCUCGAUUGGGGAUCUGAAGAUCUGCGUUCCGCCAUUGGGCUACGGCUGGGACCACUGGAAUGGGCAAGGCGGACGAGCAUGCAGCUUGAAAGAUGCAGCAUUUGCCCCUCAGGCCGAAGUGCUGCGUGCGGUGCUCAAAUCCUGUGGGACUUCGUCACUGGAAGCCUCCGCAGUGGCUGCCAGUCGCGAGUGGAUUGAGCGAUGCUGGCUGUUGUGGGAUCGAGACAAAAGCGGGCGCAUCUCCUUGAAGGAGUUCUGCGCCGAGGGUGGCUUAGCUGACAUGAUGUUGCAGCAAAGCACCCUUGCGGCGGCGAAGCGCGUGGUACGAAGGAUGGAGUUGGAGGUCCACGACCCUGCGGCUCUGGUCGCGUGUUGCCAGCAGCUGGUGGAAUGUGCUGUGGGCAUUCGCCCGGAGGAUGCUGUGGAGAGCUGGCCGGCCACGGCCUGCCGUCGCCUCCGGGAGCGCGCCUCGCACCAUGUGCGGCGCUGUGACCUGUAUCAUGCCCUGGGUGUGGGCCCUACAGCUUCGCAGCACGAGCUCCGCGAGGCUUACCUGCGCCGUGCCAAGCAAUACCAUCCGGAUGUAGCCGGGUCCUGCUCUGCCCGCUUCCAGCGAGUCCAACAUGCCUGGGAGACACUCCGAGAUCCUGCACGGCGGAGGGUUUACGACCACGGUCUCCCGGGAGGAACAGGAGGUGCCACGGCGCGACACCCCAACCCACAGCGACACCGAAACGGUUUCGCUGGAGACGGCCAUCCAGGAGCUGGCCAUCGCCACUGGUAUGAAGAUCUCAAGGCAUCGCACGAAGCCCGCUACAGAGAGGAGUCCCGCCGAAGGGAGCCUGGUGCAGGCUUUCAAACUCCACACGCGGAGAGGUUGCGCAGACAGACGCGGCAUUUCGAAGAGGUCAUGCGCGAGGUGGGGUCCAACCCGGACAUGAAGCAGUUUGUUGGAGCUGGAUUGCAGAUGAAGCUAUUGUGCCAGCUUGGUUUCAUCCUCGCUGCAAUGCUGAAUCUUCUGUUAUGGGCCUUUGCCAAGCAGCAGAAGUCGCGUGGUAGCAGCCGGCCUCCCACGGAGCUCGACCGGGUGCAAGUUCGCUUGCUGCAUGCACUCGUUGGCCUUACCAAUCGCGUGCCUGCGCGGGAGGAGUUCGAGGAAGUCUUGUCUCGGGGCGUCCAGCAAGUGGUGCUUGCGAUGCAGCGCAACAACGGCAGCGCCAAGCUUUUUGCAUGGGGUUGCAGGGCUCUGGCUGCUUUGGUGGUCCGUCCGCCAGCGCAGCCAGCAGACUCCCACACAUGGUCGUGGGCUGAUAAUGACUAUGGCAACAGCGUUUGCGGAGGUAGCAACAGCAACUGCAAUGCAAGCCAGCCGACUCUGGAGAAGAUGUUCAUUCUCCUGGACAAUAGCAAAGCGGUCACGGCCAACGAGUCAGGACCGCCGAUGGCCAAUGACGUGCCUUUGUGGCUGUUCGUCAUGCGCCAGUUCCUUCUUCUCGUGCCGAGGGAAGACCCGAAGGAGCCGAACGCCAAAUCCGUCGGUGGUCCCUUGCCCAUCGCCCCAGGAGCCCUCCGCGAAGCCGGAACUUGUGCUCUGGCGACGAUGCGACAUCUUUGCGACCACACAGGACCUGAAGCUGGCAACGCAGCUCUUGAGGAGCUCUUGGUAGUGCUCGAAAAGGACGAGCGAGGCAGCGCAGCUUUGCUGGCCUGGAUUUCCGCCGCUGUUGCAGCGCUGGCCGCAGAUGGUAGGGCGCUGGCCGAGGUCGCAGUGCAGGCCACCGCCACGGGGACGUCGGCCCCGAACCCCCGUGCCACAGGUAGCACGAGCUUGCUGCCCAGUCUCAGUAGCCUUCUCACGGCCUCGGCACGAGGGCUGAAGGCUACAGGCCCGGUGCGGCCACCCAGCUGCCCAGCCUUAGCUGCCCGCGUCGCCACGGGACUCCUUUCCAGUUUGCGUCGGAUACCGGCAACAGCUCGAAACGGGGCGGGCGGUGGCACCACGACGCCAGCUGGGGAUGGCAGCACUCGCGGGAGGGUCACCCUCCGGGACGGCCACAUCGCCGUCGGUGACGUUGUCAGGCUUCACAAUGACCUGGAACGUGCCAAGAGGGAGCAGGAGCCUCCUGAGCAUUUUGGUGGCUGGUGCGACAGGAUGGCAUUCUGCUUGGACUUCCCCGGCCGCGUCGUCGAGAUUCCACGGCGCUCGCCUAGAAUGCCGGAGGUCUUGCGCAUCUCCCAUGGGGCCCUUGGAUGUUGGUGCUGGAAUGCCAAAGCAGUCGCAGAGGUGAUCUCACAUGCAGGCCUGCUUCCCUUUGAAGAAGAUGAGUGCGGCCCUGGUGCAGCUCUGACGAUCGGCGAUGAGGUGCGCAUCGACGUCACCGUCGAGGAAGCGAAGCAGCUCCAGGUCAACCACGGUGGCUGGAACGAUCGCAUGACUCAGUGCUGUGGGCGCGUCGGGCGUCUCGAGGCCAUCGACAAAGCCGGGGACAUGAAGGUGCUGGUCCCAGGUGCCGGUGCCUUUGUGUGGAACCCUCGGGCGCUCCGGUCCCUCCAUGCACAGAGGUGGGAGUCGGCCCUUUGCGAAAGGCUUUGCGG